AUGGCGGAGACUGCUACGGCUGUGAGUGGUUCGGGCAGCUCCGGAACGCGAUCCUGUGGCCGAGGUACCUCCACUCCUGCUGAUAAUUACUUGCUUGCUCGUAGGCGAACCCUUCAGGUAGUUGUGAGUUCUUUGCUCACAGAAGCUGGGUUUGAGAGUUCAGAAAAAGCAGCUGUGGAAACACUGACUGAGAUGCUACAAAGUUAUCUGACAGAGAUUGGGCGCAGUGCCAAAGCGUUCUGUGAGCAUACAGCACGUACACAGCCUACUUUACCAGAUAUAGUUGUCACCCUUAUAGAAAUGGCCCCUGUGACAAAUCAUCCUGUUGCCCCAAAAGCUUUAAGUGCCGGACAGAACAAGCCACAUCCUGCACACAUUCCAGGUCACCUCCCAGAAUUUCCAGAUCCCCACACUUACAUCAAGACGCCGACCUGUAGAGAACCAGUGGGGGAUUACCAGGUCCUUCGAGAGAAGGCAGCAUCUCAGCGUAGAGAUGUGGAAAGAGCACUAACGCGAUUUAUGGCAAAGACUGGCGAAACCCAGAGUCUCUUCAAGGAUGACACCAGCAUUUUCCCAUUGAUUGCCGCUCGCCCUUUGUCCAUCCCAUAUUUGAAUGCCCUUCUCCCAUCAGAAUUGGAGCUGCAGCAAGUAGAAGAGACUGAUUCUUCUGAACAAGAUGACCAGACUGAUACAGAAAACCUUUCUAUGCAUCUACAUGCGGAUGAUCCUGGAGAAGAGAAGGAAAAUUCAUCAGUUCUUCAGAACAGCUCAUUGAAGGGUGGUGAAGAAACCCUGAUUGAUAAUCCCUAUUUACGACCUGUAAAAAAGCCAAAGCUGAGGCGAAAAAAAUGA